AUGUUCAAAUAUCUCUUCAAUCGCGGAACAGGGCCGCUGCUUCCCGUGGCUCUUUUUAUCGCCUCAGCUUUUGUUGACGUGGAAGCGCUUGGAAAGGCCGGUGUGUACAUACACUUGAGCCCUGCUGCUGCCUCCCUCAGCAGCAGCAGCAGCAGCAGCAGCAGCAGCAGCGAGCAUUCAAAUGCAGAACAGAUAACUGUCAGCAGCAGCAGCAGCAGCAGCAGCAGCAGCAGGCGUAGCAGCAGCAACAGUCCCAAGGGCACUGGAACCACCAGUGGCAGCAGCACCGGCACCACCGCCGCCAGUAGCAGCAUCACAAGCAGCAGCAACUGCAGCAGCAGCAGCAGCAACUGCAGCAGCAGCAGCAGCAGCAGCAGCAGCAGCAGCAGCAGCAGCAACUGUUGCAGCGUUUGCGCAUGCGUUGCUGCUGCAGGCCAAAAGCCAGAAGCUUCCUGGGUGCAGUACGAACCCCCUUAUGUAAACCAGGGGAGCCGUUUGGCUGCUGCAGCAAAUGAGCCAGUUUAUGAUGAAGUAGCAGAUGACACAGCAGCAGCAGCAGCAGACACAGCAGCAGCAGCAGCAGACACAGCAGCAGCAGCAGCAGGAUCUAGACGUUUCUCCACUGCUUCCAACAGGUCCACAGUGUACGACGACGCAGCAGAUGCAGCAGCAGUACAAGCAGCAGAAGCAGCAGCAGCACCUGCUGCAGCAGCACCUGCUGCAGCAGCACCUGCUGCAGCAGCACCUGCUGCAGCAGCACCUGCUGCAGCAGCAGAAUCUAGACGUUCCUCUUUAUAUGAGCCCGUAGUGUACGAUGAUGCAGCCGAUGCAGCAGCAGUACAAGCAGCAGAAGCAGCAGCAGCAGCAGCACGUGCUGCAGCACCUGCUGCAGCACCUGCUGCAGCACCUGCUGCAGCACCUUCUAGGCGUUCUUCUCUAUAUGGGUCCACAGUGUACGAUGACGCAGCAGAUGCAGCAGCAGUACACGCAGCAGAAGCAGCAGCAGCACGUGCAGCAGCACCUGCAGCAGCAGCAGCUCCUGCAGCAGCACCUGCUGCAGCACCUGCUGCUGCACCUGCUGCAGCAGCAACACCAUUGUCUAGACGUUCCUCUGCUGCUGCAUAUGAGCCCACCACGUACGAUGACGCCGCAGACGCAGCAGCAGUACAAGCUGCAGAAGCAGCAGCAGCAGCAGCAGCAGCAGCAGCAGCAGCAGCAGCAGCAGGAGCAAACGCUUAUGCGGCAGAUGCGUUUCUGGAGACAGUGCAGCAGCAAAUUAACAGCAGCACUGCAGAAGCACUGCAGCAGCCAGCGAAGUACUGCAACGGCCCAGGCGAAGACAGCAGCUACUGCUACGUCUUGAGGGAGUUUGCAGCAUCGCUGCUGUCGUACUCCGGUGUUGAGUGUGUGCCGCGCUCGGUGCCUUCAAAGAAAUCAAAGAAAGUGAAAAUGGCCUUUAUAGACCAGCAGCACAGCGCAAGGCCCCACAGCUUCGCAGAAGUGCCGACUCAAGAAGAAGUUCGCGCGCGAGAGGAAGCAGCAGCAAAGAGUUAUGAGCAGCAGCUGCAGCAGGCGAAGCAGCGGGGCGAACAGGCCCUGGCGGAAGCGGGUCGAAGAGGAGACUUGAAGGCAAUUACAGAAGUGGCGGAAAAGGUCUAUUUAACGCAGGCCAUGCUGCAGUCGUACAUCCUGGUGACGAGCGCGAAGGUCUCUCUGCAGAACUUGAAGGCCCUUUUGCUGGGAGGAAGGGGACAAUUAAUUAUUCCUUUAUCGGAAAUAUAUUUAUUUUUAAUUGGCCAAUUAGAAGGGCCUUUGGCAAUAGGGAGACACUUGGUGGACUUGGUGCUGCAGCUGCUGCAGGCGGCGCUGGAAGCAGCAGCAGCAGCAGCAGCAGCAGCAGCAGACGCAGCAGCAGCAGCAGCAGCAGCAGACGCGCACGUCGCCCGCGCCAGCCUCCAACUCAACGACUUGGAUGCUCUUGUCCAACAUGUUGCAAAAAGAAAAGCUGAAUUAACUGCAACUUUAAAUAAAAAUAAAAAUGAAAUUGAUUUCCAAAUCCGACAGGAGCUGCAGGCUCGGGUGUACGGACACCUCACGCAGCAGCAGCAGCGACUCGUCGUCGACCGCGUCCUCCAAGCAGCAAAUAACACAGCCGCAAGCAGCUUCCAAAUCUCAACAGCAAUUAUCCAGAGCGGCGGUGCUGCUGCUGCUGCUGCACCAGCAGCAGCAGCAGCAGCAGCAGCAGCACUGCCGCAGCAGCGCCGCUACCUCAUGCGCUUUGGGGGCCCCCCCGGGGGGCCCCCCGCAGGGGCCCCCGCAGGGGCCCCCGCAGGGGCCCCCGCAGGGGCCCCCGCAGGGGCCCCCAGGGGCCCCCCUGCUGCAGCAGCAGCAGCAGCAGCAGCAGCACCAAGUGCAGCAAGAGUGCGCAUUGAAUACCAACCCUCGGGGGGCCCCCGCAGGUACUCCUUCGAGGGUUUGGGAGCAGCAGAAGCAGCAGCAGCAGCAAAAGAGUUGGAGGGACUUAAAGAGAUUGGCAGCAGACUGGCCAGGGGACACACAGAGACAGUUUUCCACAGCGUCACUGCGGAAUAUGUGCUGGAAAACCGCGGGACUGCGGGGGACUUUUGCUCGGCAGAAAUAAAUUUAUUUUCUUCGAAAAAAGAAAAGGAGACAGUUGGAGACAGUUUUGGAGACAGAGCAGCAGCAGCAGCAGCAGCAGCAGCGCCGCAGCAGCCAGCAGCAGCAGCAGCAGCAGCAGCAGCAGCAGCAGGAGUUGCUUUGUUCACCAGCCCCCAAGAUAUUGAGGCCCGAAUUGUCCCUUUCAUGAGAGAAGACUGGGACAGAACUUUCGGAGGCCCAAUGAACGCCGCCUUGGUUGAUUUGCUGCAAACAGGAAACGGAAAGAAAGGCAAAAAAGGCCCUCGGCCUUCUUUCGGAUUUUUGGACUUGUGCGACGAGCGCUGUUACCUCAAGUCCGAUUCCACAAAGGGAGAUGUCGCCACCAACUUCGUCUUCUCCGCCGAUAAUACCCUCAUGCAGCUCGAGGCCAAGUUGAAGCGCAUAGGGGGCUUUGCCGUGGCUCACUUUGGAAUUGGCCAGCAGCUGCUGCAGCAGGGCCCCGAAAUCAGCAGCAGCAGCAGCAGCAGCAGCAGCAGCAGCAGCAGCAGCAGCAGCGUGAGAAGCAGGAGAGAUCAGCUGGGGAGACUGCUGGAGACUCUGGCGAGCUUUGAGGGAAAAAGAAAAAAAGAAAAGAUUGGAGCAGCAGCAGCAAAAGAACUUUUGGCAAAUGUGGAUUUGCUGCUGCGGUUUACCAACAUAGUGAAGCGCGACAGCAGCAGCAGCAGCAGCAGCAACUUGCUGCUGCACACCUGGGUGCAGCUGCGCUCCACUGCUGCUGCUGCUGCUGGCUUCCUCCCCCGCAGCAGCAGCAGCAGCAGCAGCAGCAGCAGCAAAAACGCAGCACUUGUCUUCACCAAACUUUGGCUGGAAAGCAAAGGAGACAAAUUCAAUCCCAAGCAAAUCAACAAGCCCUUUGGCGCAGCACUCACUUCUGCGGGGCUGCAAAUGGCGUUCUUUUUGCACACGGCGGUGGAGGAGUUUCGGAGUUCUUUGCUUUCGAAGUUGGGAGCAGCAAUAAAGUCUUUUUUUGCGGGAAUGUUUGGAAAAAACAAAAAGGGGAAAAUGCCUUCGGGGUGGCAGCAGCUGCAGCAGCAGCUGCAGCAGCAGCAGCAAGUCCGCAGCAGCAGCUACCAAGGCUCUCUUGCUGCGCUGCAGAGCCUCGCCAAUACCUGGGGAGUUCGGUGGACUUGGGGUUUGUGA